AAAAAUGUUGAUGGAAAAACGUUUCGAGAGUGUUCACAAAAAGAGACCUCAAGCGGUUGAAUUAUUCCAAUUAAACACAACACUCCUCUUCUGGGUUGGAUUUGUUCCUCCGUUGUUUGCCGCAGUUUUUGCGAUUCUCACUGCCAUUAUACUACAUCAAGAUAAAAUCACAAAUUACGCAUGGAUCUGUGGGAGAGCUUUUCUACCAUCACUGUCAAGAAUCAUCAACCUAACUCUCGAAGGACUCGUCUGGCAACUAUGCAUAUUUUUUCAUAUUCCCUUCAGAUUGCUUGAGCUGUCAGUGGGGUGGGUAAGAUAUGGCCGAUUGGAGAGCCGAGCGAAUACUCAUCGUCUGUGGUAUAAAAUGCAUAGACAUUUAUAUUUGGUUUUUGGUGUCACUGAGCUCAUUCUGCUCAGCGGAUUGUCAGCUAUUGGAGAGAAAGAGCAUGGCAUUUGGCAUGUAUGCUUCUUCUACAGUUUCGGAGUUGUCGCACUUCUAUUUUUCAUCUCCAAUACUGUCUGCCACUCCCAAUCUCUUUACUUUCUGAAUCCCUAUGGUCGAAUAUCUUAUCAUGUGAAGAUUGUCAUCAGCAUUUGCUACUUCCUCUCAGCACCUGCAAUUGCCACCUUUUAUGCCCUGUAUUGGAAAGCUUGUUUUACAUGGGCGUAUGAACUAUUUGCACUAGUGGAAUAUUUGGACGUUUUCAUGGUGAUCUUUUAUCACGGAUGCUGUGUAUAUUGGGAUAUUCAGCACAAGGUGGUAUUCAGUGUUCGUCUCAACAAGCCCUCAAAACUAGAUAAUAUCAUCGAAGAGAAACCGCUGAAGAAGGAAGUUACGACGGAAUUAUGAAUUUUAAAUAUUUGUGAUUUUAUUUCAAAGGCACAUACUAGGUUUUCUAAAGAGUUCCAUACUCAAAGUACGCUCUUCGAUCACAAGGUAUUCGCGAAAUACACUGAAAACUAAUUUUUCUAUUAUUGGAAACUUAAGUCUUAUCAUUCUGAUCUGAUAUUUUGAACCUCUAGUUUUAUUUUUAUUGAUUUUUUGUUUGGAUAUUCAUAUAAUGUGCUUUAUGAAUAAUAAAAAAAAUUGGUUUCAAA